GCUGUAGAACGGAGAGGCGCUCUGCGCUCUUCGGGAGUUUGGCAGCAGCGCAGCUCUGAAGCACCAUGCCCUCCUCUGAGGAUUUCUACCUGGAAUAUCAGGGACUUCUGCUUCCCAGAGAGACUCACUGCACAGAAAGCUUGAAGUUUGCGCAGGAAUUCAUUUUUAACGACGAUGACGUUGUGGCAGUUACAUACCCGAAGUCAGGAACGACCUGGAUGCAGGAGAUCCUCCCGCUGGUGCUAAAUGGAGGAGAUUUGACCCCUGUUCAUACAGUUGUGAACUGGGACCGGGUCCCGUGGCUCGAAGAAACAAGACUGGCGAAGAUUGUGGAUAAGCUGCCAUCUCCACGUGCCCUUGUUACACAUUUUCAUUACAGCCUCAUGCCCCCUUCAUUUCACACCUCCAAAGCGAGAGUAAUCUAUGUUAUGAGGAACCCAAAGGAUGUCAUGGUGUCUUCGUAUUACUUCCACCAAAUGGCUAACUUCCUUGAGGAUCCGGGCACCUUUGAUGAAUUCCUGGAGAAAUUCCUGGAGGGCAGAGUGCUCUUUGGAAAAUGGACGGACCACGUAAAGAGCUGGAGACAUGCAGAGCUAGGAGACAGAAUACUUUUCAUCACAUACGAGGAAAUGGUUCAGGACCUGUCUGCAUCUAUCAAGCGCAUGUCCGACUUUUUGUGCUGUGAUCUCAGUAAAGACGUCAUCCAGAAGAUAGCAGAGCAUUGCUCUUUUCGGAGCAUGAAGGCCAACAUCAUGUCCAACUUUAGCCUGGUCCCAAAGGAAUACAUGGACAAUGAUAAGUCUCCUUUCCUCAGGAAAGGAAUCGCAGGUGACUGGAAAAACCACUUCAGCUCAGAUCAACUGGCCCGAUUCAAGUCUGUGAUUAACAGGGAGUUGGAGGGAGAGAAGUUCCCGCUGCCAUGGAGUCUGGACUGAUCCACACAGAGUAAUGGAAGAAUGGAGGAAAA